AUGGAGUCGAAUGAUGAUGAAAUCGAAGACAUCGUUGGCGAAAUAAAUUAUACAGACUCACAAAAAAGUGUAACCAUAUCAAACGUGUACUCUUUCGACUUCACUGACAGCAGUUCAGACAGAAAUAACUCUUCAAGUAAAGAAACAUAUGUUAUAGAAUGUGAUGACAGUGAUGAUAGUGAAAAAACAUUCCAAAUUGAUCAAUUAGAAGGCACAAUUGACCUUAAAGAUAAAGCAGCAACGCGAACAAAAGUAAAACAAGAUAAAAUUAUUCAUAAAAAUGUACCAAGCAUAGUCGAUAGAUCAGUUGGAUCAAGCUCGCAUCAAUGCUCUAUAGUAGCUCAGGAAAUUUUCACGCAGACUAGCAAAACCAUAUUUGAACUAGCCCAGAAUGAAAAAAGGACAAGUCCUGUAAAACUUAGCGAACAGAAUACAUUGGAGACACAAACCUCAAUUCUAUCUUUUACAGAAAACAGAACUGUUGAGUACCAUAUACGUGUAGUAGGAGAUAAUUCCUUUUUUCCUACAAGCAAUGCUCUAGUAUAUAAUUCUAUAAUUCCCAAACACUUCACAGCCACCGGUCUAGAGGAUAAAUCUUCCGUUAUUAGAAAUUCCGAAAACGAGGCAGACCUGUCUAAAGAUUACCUUACAGAUGAGACGUCUAAAGACAAAAUUAUCAAAUUUAUCGAUGACUUAUCUCAGGAAAGUUCGAGCGAUGAAGUGAACAUAACGCAAUAUGAAAAUUCAAGUGAAUUUGAAACGUCAAAAUAUUCUGAUAUGGAAGAGGAUUCGUUGAUAGAAAAUAAUUACCGUGCGGAAACUGAGCGCAGUCAAGAUAAACUGAGCGUAGCUAGUGAUGUUCCGAAAUCUAUAGAUAAUGAUAUUGAAGAGCUUUAUAAUAAAUUAUCUCAUAGCGUAAAUCCACCUCCUCAACUAGAAAGUGAUAUGCAGUCAGUGAUACCAAAUGUUGGCAUUUUAACUCCAGUAACAGAAGAAACUAAUUUAAAAGUCGAUGGCAUGACGGAUAUCUCUUCAAUGGCUGAAGAUUUUAGAGGCAAACCGUUCAAUAGAUGGGAAAUAGAUACCAAGGGCUUAGCGUCUGGAGAGAGUCAUUUUAUUAAUGACAAAAUCGAGGGUCCAUUUAAAAAAGCCGGUAUGGACACGAAAGAGGUGAAGCGAAGCAAAGAAUUGCAAUCUGAAAAUUAUAGUGAUACAAUCAGUAUAAAAGGCAGAAUCAGAGAGCUGAAGAUUAACCAGAGACGACAGAGGGUAGAGAGUAGCAGGAGUGCCUCUCCUAGGAGUACCUGCUCACCGGAUGAUUCAAAAUUGAGCGACACAGCUGAGAGAGGUUGCGAUGCCCUUUGUGCCGAGCUGAAGAGGCGACUUCAAAUUAAUUCUUGGUGCCAAGCUUUAGAAACGUUAGAAGACUUGCCAAAAGUGUUGGACAAAUUUUGGUCCGUUAUCUCGGAAACCCGAAUUGCUGAUCUGCUUCGACAGGUUACAGUACACGUAGAGUCGCCUCGCACGCAAGUGUCACGGGCGGCCUGUCAGACACUCGCGGAAAUCUUGAAGAAUACAAACUACACUAAGAAACCGGAUUUCUAUGAAGCGAUGGCUAUACUUUUGGUGAAGACGGGAAGCUAUUGCCGGCCGGUGAGACGGGCAGCGAAUGUGGCACUAGAUGACAUUGUAUGUAGCGUGGACAUAACGCAUUCUGUGACGGCUAUAUGCGUUUAUGGAACGGGGCACAAGAGCGCGCUAGUCCGCACGGCGUCGUCCCGCCUGCUGGUGGUGUGCGCGGCGCUGGCGGAGGGCGGGCGGCAGCUGCUGCGCGCGCGGCCGCCCACCGCAGCGGCGGCGCGCCGGCACGUGCUGCGCGCUAUGGCGGAGAUGCUGUUCGACAAGAGUGCGGAUACACGAAAAUACGCGGAGCGCCUCUACGCCAUGCUUCGCCCACUUCCUAACUUCGAAGCUUAUUUCCUCACUGACGUUGAUGUAGAAAUUGCGUCGAAACAAAUGAAAAAGUACGAUCAAUUGCUGAUUAUUUCAAAGCAGAGCUGAUUGUGUAUAAUCCAAUUCAUUAAAUAAUACAAUCAAAAAUGUCGUUACUCCUAUGAGUGCAAGCGAGAGGUCAUAGGCUCCGUCGCGAACAUGUGAAUGGGUUAAUGCACUCUGAGUCAAACUUUGAUUCUAUUAUUUAAUGACAUAGUUAUUACAUAAUUUGUAUGUGUGUCUCGCAAAGUAUUGUGUUGUAACCCGUCCAAUUAUA